AUGAGUGGGGACCCCAUCGAUCAGCUUAACCAGGGCCUGCAAUACUUCAGGGAAUGCCUGGAGCGCGACGAUCUGGCGGCUCUGAGGACGGAGAUUGCGGUGCUGGCCUACAGCUUCCAGCCGACGUUGAUCCAUGAUUUCAGCACGGUUUACAGCUUCGACCCGCCCGAGUUGAAGGUCAUCGGCGGCACGGUAAUUUCCUCUGCUGUCGAGAAGGCCCUGGAUAUGGUGGAGGAGCGCAAGGAGUCCUACCGUGCCAACGGCAUUACCUACUACCGGCCCUGGAUAUGGUUCAUGACCGAUGGCUAUCCCCAGCACGACACGAAACCCGACCUGGACCGGGCCCUAGCCCGGUUGGCGCGGUCGGACCAGGCCGGGCAGGUCAAGUUCUUCCCGGUGGGUGUUGGUGGCGCGGACAUGGCAUGGCUGAACGGGAUGCUUCCCGGCACUUCAGCGGUUCACCUGCAGGGGUUGAAGUUCAAUGAAAUGUUCGAGUGGCUAUCCAGCUCAAUGUCCUCGGUGUCCCAGUCGCAGCCCAGCGAUCGGGUUCAGCUGGCUGCCCCCACUAACUGGGGCGAGGUAUAA